AUGCUCUCGUUAGGCAGUCUGUCUACUGUGGCGCUUCUGCUGCAUGCGUAUACCACGAGCUGUCAUGCACAGUCAUUUAACCUCGCAAAGGAUUACUCUGGGUCCUCUUUUUUCGAUGAAUGGGACUUUUACGGACAUUGGGAUAACCUCACUCUUGGCGAUAUAAACUGGGUCACUAGAGAGAAUGCGACUGCAAAACAACUUGCCUACGUGAACGAUGCUGGCAGGGCUGUUCUCAGAGUCGACACAAACCCGGUUGUGUGGAACGAGAAGCGUGAUACCGUCCGAAUCACGUCCCAGAGAGAAUAUGACCUUGGUACCAUCUGGGUCGCAGACAUUGCCCAUAUGCCCUUCGGUUGCUCUGUCUGGCCUGCUCUCUGGACCAAGGGACAUACCUGGCCGGAUGAUGGCGAAAUCGACAUCAUCGAAGGCAUCAACCUCAACCAAAAUAACCAAAUCGCGCUCCACACCCACUGGGAUCCUCCGUGCACGCACGUCGACCCACCUCCAGCAAACCAACGCGGAACAUCUGGCAACCUAAACUGCUCAUCAGCUGCGGGAUGCACUGUCCUCGAAACUGCUCCGAACAGCAUCGGAGCUGGCUUCAAUAGCGCGGGUGGAGGAGUUUAUGCUACACAGUAUGAUGUUACUGGGAUUUACAUUUGGUUCUGGAGUAGGCCCAACAUUCCACAAUCCAUCCUCUCCACAACAUCGACAUCUGGUCUCUCCUCGCUGGCCGAUUGGGGCCCACCGACAGCCGCUUAUCCCGCCGGCACGCACUGUGACAUUGCGAGGUCAUUCUCGCCUCAAAGCAUUGUCGUUACCAUCACACUUUGUGGACAAUGGGCCGGGAACCCGGAAUUCUACACGCCCCAAUGCGGUGGUCAAGGCCCUACAGGUAUUUGCUAUGACGACAACGUCGUCGGUGACGGCAGUAACUACAAUGAGGCCUACUUCGAGAUAAACUACAUCCGCGCAUAUUCCGACCCAAACGCAACGCCGAACACGGUCACUCGCACCUCUACUAGCACAGGCACCACCACCACUAGACCCUCUACUACGGCUACCACCACCGCAGGAGGCUCGACUGGAGGUGGAACUGGUGCUGCAACUACCAACUUAGCCUCUUUGUCCUUGAUUUGGAUGGGCACUGCACUGAUUGGAGGCUUGUUGGCUGCUGUCCUUUAA